GUUCGACUAGACUAAGCUCGAGUGACGGAGGUGAGGAAUCAACGGUGCGGUCACUCACUUUUUUCUCGCCUUCAAAGCCCAUAUCCUCGCGAUCGAGUGUCCGACCAUGGACGGUCCUCCUCCUCCAGAAGAGGACUUCUCUUCUCUCCCCAUAUCCGACAGACUCGCACACAAGAACUGGAAGGCUCGCGUCAGUGCAUACGACUCUCUCAUCAAGACCUUCCAAACAACCGCUUCCGACUCGGACCCAGCUUUUAAGCCCUACAUCAACAACUCAGAUCUGCUCAAGAAGCUCGCCACAGACUCAAACGCUGUCGCGCAGGAACGAGCGGUCGAAUGCCUCGUGGCACUAGUCAAGUACGCCGGCGAGACAGCCGCUAAGACCAGGGAGGCAGUCGUUCCAGCUCUCGUAGACAAAUGCUUUGGCUCAUCGAGAGCGGGUACGAAGAACCAUGCUCUUGAGUUGGCCCUGCAGUAUGUCGAGGUAGAAAACACGGGAACCGGCGUUGUCACCGAUGUACUGCCAGGCCUCUCUGCGAAACAACCAAAAGCGGUGGCGUCGACUGUUUCAGUCCUUAAGGAGAUCAUCAGAUCAUUCGGGCCACAGGUUACUCCCCCAGCCCCGGUCCUUAAGGCACUUCCAAAGAUGUUCUCUCAUGCCGACAAGAAUGUACGUGCUGAGGGCACUCUGCUUGCGCACACCCUUUACCAGUACAUUGGCCCCGCGAUAGAACCAUGGCUAGCGGAUCUUAAGCCCGUGCAGGUGAAGGAGUUGCAAGAAGCUUUUCAGACCAUGGAUGCAGAAGGGAAAGGAAAGGGUUCACUUAGGCCGGAGCGUCUAACCAGACAGCAAGCGCGAGAGGCAGAAACAGCUGAAGUGAAUGGAGAUGGCGACGAUGCACCUAGCGCAGGGAAUGAAGAGGAACUAGCUCUUCCAGAUCCUCGGACGAUGGCAGAGCCUGCCGAUAUUGUUCCCAAGAUCCCUUCUAACUUCCAAACGAACCUAACCUCUUCCAAGUGGAAAGAGCGUAAAGAGGCAUUGGACGACCUGUUCACCGUUAUCAAUGCUGCCCCUCGUAUCAAGGAAGCAGGCGAGCUCAAUGACAUUGCCAAACAGCUGGCGACUUGCAUUCAUAAGGACGCCAACGUCAAUUGUGUCAUCACAGCUGCUAGCUGUAUGGAAGGCCUUGCCAAAGGAAUCAUGGCGCCAUUCUCCAAGGUAAAGGAAACGGUAGUUCCGCUCAUGCUUGAACGGCUUAAAGAGCGGAAAGCUAACGUCACCGAUGCCAUCGGAGCAGCCUUAGACGCUGUUUUCUCCACAACUACGCUCCCAGAUAUCAUUCCCGAUAUACUCCCCGCAUUAGGCAACAAGAAUCCCCAGGUCAAAGAAGGAACACUCAAGUUCUUAGGUCGAUCUCUGUCCACAGCCACUACUCCCGUGCCGCCGGCACAGAUCAAGACUUUGACCGACCCUUUGGCCGUUCUCCUAGAGGACGGCUUUGAAGGUGCCAGAAAUGAAGCAGCUAAUUGCUUGGGCACGCUCAUGAAGAUGAUUGGUGAACGCCCCUUGAAUGCCUUGAUGGAUGGGCUGGCGGAUGUCCGGAAAGCAAAAAUCAAGGAGGCUUACGAGAAGGCUACCGUGAAGUGCAAGGCUGGUGGUCCACCCAAGGCUCCAGCCGCUAAGCCUCCAGCUGCCACUGCAAAGAAAGCGCCACCGGCAAAAGGGGCAGCCUCUGGCAAGGGGGAAGCAUCUAUGAAAGCUAGCAGCAUGGCCGAUGAAUUGAACACGGAGCCAGAACCACUCAAGAAACCUAUAGCGAAGCCUCCUGCAAGAUUGAUGACUAAGAAGUCAGCAGCCGGCGACACUGAUGCUGGGCCCUCCUCAGCUGGCGGCAGCAAACCUUCUGCAUCUGCUGCUCCCGUAAAGAAGCCUGCAGCAGCGGCCGCUGCCAAACCCGCAAAAGUAGCAGCACCACCCCCACCAGGCACUUUGGACACUUUCAAAUACAAGCACACGCCCGAAGAUGCAGAGGCCAUGGCGGCGGAAUUGAUACCGGGCAGCAUCAUGGCUGGGCUCGGAGAUGGGAACUGGAAGACUAGAUUAGUUGCUUGUGAUGAGCUAACAACAUGGAUUGAGGAUGUCGUUGAAACAGUUGACGCCGAAGUCGUCAUUCGUGCAAUUGCCAAGAAAGGAUGGUCAGAGAAGAACUUCCAGGUCUCUGCAAAGAUCUACAAUGUCCUUACGAUUCUAGCGGAACAGUGUCCCUCUUUUGGCCGGUCCUGCGUUGCGUUAUCUACUGGUCACUUGAGCGAGAAGUUGGGUGAUGCCAAGCUCAAGAAACCAGCGGGCGAUACUCUCAUCGUAUUCGCCGAGAAGACUUCCCUGCAGUUUGUACUCAAUCAAGCGUAUGAGCCAUUGGGGAAACAGAAAGCGCCUAAAGUGCUAGCUGACUCUCUGGUUUGGGUGGACAAUGCUGUUGUCGAGUUUGGUGUUGCUGGCGUUUCUUUACGUGGUCUUAUUGAAUUUCUAAAGAACGCACUCAAGAACGCCAACGCAGCGGUACGUACCAAUGCAACGAAGACCUUAGUGACCGUCAAGCUAUAUGCUGGAGCUGGUAUCAAAGAUCUUCUUGAAGACCUCAAUCCUCAGUUGCUUGCAACAAUUCAAAGCGAGUUUGACAAGGUCGAAGGCACGCCAGCGCCGGAGCCCACUCGAACCUCAGCCGACGUUGCAAGCACGGCUGUUGUUUCAUCAGCACCAGGCAAAGGUAGUGCCGUAGCUGACCCAUUGGAUGACCUUUACCCAAGAGUGGAGCUUGAUGGACUACUGAAGGGUACGACAAUACUUGGAGAUGCGAAGAGCGAUGCAUGGAAGACGAAGAAAGAGGCAUUGGAGACUCUUCAAGCAACCCUCGACCAGGGAGCUAACAAGCGGCUGAAGCCUAACAUGGGUGAAAUUGGACAAGUGCUUAAGGCGCGGGUCAUUGACACCAACAAGGCCGUCCAAAGUCUUGCUCUCGAUAUUGUGGCCCGCAUCGCGACGGGCAUGGGGAGACCGUUCGACAAACACACACGUCUUUUCGUUGUCCCUGUGGCUACCGUCUUGUCUGACCAAAAGGCUCCUAUACGAGCAGCUGCGAUAACAACAUUGAGCGCGAUGGCGACAGCAUGCGAAGGGUUGGAAUCGAUGGUUCACGGUUUGGGCGGCGCUUUAGAGACCACCAAUCCCACGCAAAAGGGCUCUUUGCUGAACUGGGUCGCAGAUUAUCUGAAGGAUCACCCUCCCGCCUCGCCGUUGGAUCUUGGGGACUGGGUAUCCCCGGUGGUUAAUUGCCUGGAUGAUCGAAAUGCUGAUGUCCGCAAAGGCGCUCAGGCUGCCUUGCCCUUACUUAUCACUUCGGUUGGGUUCGACCGCGUCAUGCACGCCACUAACAACCUCAAGCCCGCUUCAAGGAAGUCAGCCAUGCCCGCGAUACAGGCUGCUCGAGAUGCUGCUGGCCCGCAACCGAUAGCGGAAGCGCCGCCGCCUCCCAAGCCUGCACCAGUGGGGCCAAAGUCCGCGAUUGUCAAGCCAUCCGCAGCUUCACUUCGAGAGGACCCUCCUGCUCCGCCUGUGCAAGCCUCCACAUCUUCCGGAGUAUCUGCCGGGCCAUCGUCAAAACUCAAUACUGUCCGUCGCAAACUGCCCCAAGGCACGUCCUCAAGACCAGAUUCCCGGGCAGAGUCCGCUACUGAGGAUGCGCAUGUUCCUCUUCCCCGGCCAAACGUCAAGAAGCUUGGCGUACCAGCAUCGAUGAGCAUGAAAACCCCCACGGCUUCCUCCGCACCGUCUCCAAUCGUUGCUGCGCUCCCAUUGACAAGCAUGAAUAUGGAGUCAAAACGAGCGCGUCUAUCUAAGGAUGGUCAGAAAUGGGUGAACGAGUCGGGCGGUGCUCGAAAGGAUCUCGCGGAGCUUUUACAGCACCAAAUGGACCACUUCGCCGCCUCCAAAGACCUCUCAGCCCAACUGUUCAGCCACGAUCACAAUGCGGUCAAUGAUCACAUCGCGGGAUUGUCGACGCUUUACGAGUUUUACACUUGCGCGGAAUCGGGUGACGAACGGUUCGGUGUGCCGGCUGAUGACCUUCACGCCGUUGGACUAGCAAAUUCCGAUUUUGCCUUCAAAUAUGUUUCACUGCGGGUUCAUGAGCCACAAUCGAACCUUGUAACACGAUGCUUAGAUGUUGCUGAUGCGGUGCUGGCGUUCUAUAGAGCAAUUGAUGCUCAACUUGAAGACGCAGAAGCUCUCUGCUUCGUACCUACAAUUGUGUACAAGCUCGGUGAUGCCCGGGAACCUGUGCGACAACGAGUCCAGGCCAUUGUUCAGACGCUUCCCAAAGUGUUCGCUUACAGCAGAGUCUUUGACAUGUUGCUCGAACACGGCCUUAAAUCUAAAGUGGCCAAGACCCGACAAGGUACGUUGGAUGAACUCGGUCUCCUCUUGAAGCGCAAUGGUAUGGCGGCAUGCAAUCAACCAAGCAAGGCCUUCCCUCAGAUUGCGGCGGCAAUCGCGGACAAAGACUCGGCUGUCAGAAAGUCUGCACUUACGACAAUUAGUGAGGCGUACACAUUGGUCGGAGAGAAAGUAUGGUCUCUUGUCGGGCGCUUGUCACCUAAGGACAAAACCCAACUAGAAGAACGCCUGCGACGCGUGGCGGGCCCCAGCACCGCUGGGAAGGUUGAGGUACCCUCAGUCUCAUCUCAGCCAAGCAAGGUUGGUAGAGGGGUCCCGCGACCAUCCUCCCCUGCCUCCUUCGCCCGCCAAGGUGGUCAAGAUCGGUCGGCAUCACCUUCAAGAGCGGUUUCCCCCAUCAACAGUGCCCCUGCUCGGCCAGGAUCCCCUGCACGUGGCUUAAAAUUGCAAGGUCCAAGCAGCGCCGCCAGCGGUUUGCAUCCUCCUUCUUCUCCUUCAGGCAUAGCGCGUCCAAAGACUUUGCUUCCUUCUCGACUUGGGCCUCCACGAUCACGACCUCAUAUUGUUACGCAAGAGAUUCGGAGUCAUCCUGAAGCGCAAGCAGAAGAGCCUCCACUUCGUGCCAAUGGACAUCACCCACCUCCUCACUCUUCAUUCGACACCCAUGAUGAUGUCGACACCCUUGUGGACGCACCGCCGCCCGCUGAUGCCACAGACGACAUCACCAUCACGAUAUCCUCCAUCCUCAGUAGUGACCCUCAUCGGAGCGUUGAUGCACUCAAGAAAGUUCAGAAGAUUCUUGUGACCAAGACUGAAAAUGGCAACCACUCUGCAGAGUACCAGGACCUCGCAGAACAUACAGAAGGUCUAAUAGAGACGAUUACUCUCCAGAUGACGCACGUAUUCGAACGUCCGGACGACCUUGUUUUCGACGACAAUUUCAGGCUCGCGAAACAUCUGAUCCAGACGCUCAAUACGUUUUGUGAUCACGCUGUCCUUGCAGAGUCGUUGACUGUUGAAAUUGUUACCUCGUUGCUCGAUGAACUCACGAUGCGGUUGCUUGAGACGGACGAUAGUCGGGUUAGCAAGGUCAAGGAUUUGUCGCGCUUCAUCAAUAUGAUUGUUCUCCGCCUCUUUGCUACUGGACGAAGGAUGUCAAUAUUCCGAGCCUUGUUUGCAUUGCUACUUCAAAUUGUGAAGCCGUUCCCGGCCAACGGUACUCCACCCGACUCUAAGGAGGCGAGAGUAGCCGAGCUAGUGCUCAAGUGCGUGUGGAAGUUGGCUAGGAAUAUUCCGCAAGAUUUGAAAGACGGCAAGCUGGAUCCUGCAGAGCUUCUCCCCUCCAUCGAACACUUCUUGCAAUCCAUACCUCCUAAUGAAUGGCGUGCUCGUGCGACGAACCAUGUUCCAUGCGGAGACAUGCCGCUGCGAACCAUCAAAGUCAUCAUUCAGCAUGUAGUAGCCCAUUACGGUGACGAGGUGUACGAUAGCUUGUCCGCUUCUUUCGAUGAUCCCUCGGCUACCAUUGUUUAUCCCUACGUUUACCGUAUCCUCAACUCAUCUCAUCGGGCUGCAGAGGCUCAACAACAUCAACAAGACACGGAAGCUCUCAGCAGGCCAUAUUCGGCUGCAUCCAGUCGGCCUAUCUCGCCCCAACAAACUACAUCUUCGGCGACCUCAGGCACUCAUCAACGCUCAUCUCCGAGUGUCUCUUCUCAGAACGGUGGCGGUUUCUCUCCUCCCGUUGAAGAGCCCGAUCCAGAUGCCCAGCUGCUAACUAUCAUUAACCACAUCUCCAGCGAGACUACGGGUGCCAUGCACAAAGAGGGCAUCACUGAGUUGCAUCAGUUCCUGAAGAACUAUCCCCAGAAGCGGCCACGUGUAGAAAAGCUGUUAGAGUCCACUGGUCCAGCAUUCCGCAAGUACAUCAACCGUGCUUUGGCGAGUAGGGCUGCCGAGGAUAUGGAACGAACUGCUGCCGUUGCGAGCACAUUGUCUAAGCUGGAGGCCAACGGUUCGAACACCGUACCGAGUUCACCUGUGAAAACAGAGGCGACUCUUCGAUCACCGACGCAAGGUGGGCCAAGCGACAGUGCAAGGCUGCACGAGCUACAUGAUCUAUUUCACUACAAGCGAACGAGCGUGACAAGCAAUGGUUCGUCAUCUCAAGGACGGCGAAUGUCCGAGGUGUGAAGUUGAGGUGUAUCUGGCGGCUAGUAUCAUUUUGCAUUAAUGUGUAUACUCGGCACAGUCUCCUUGCACUGUAUAUGUAAUCUAAGUAACUGUGGAAAACUGUAAACUACUUAUGCACUAGCUAAUGGCACUAAUGGCGCAUGCA